UUUUUUUCAUUUCAACAAAAGGGAAACCACCAUCAGAAGUUCUGCUCAUCUGUGUGUAGUGGCUUUACCUGCAGCGUACUACUCUCAGCCAACAUGACUUGUGUCAGCGAUCUCCCAAACCUUCUGCCAGCGGUGCUGAUAUGGUUGAUGAAUUUUAAGUGUUGCUUGUCUCAACAUGAUGAGAAUAUAACCAUUAUCGACCCGGACUAUAACUCCACCUUCGUGUACAACCCGGACAGCUCCAGUUUUGAUUAUGAUUACUAUACUGAGCUCUGUGAGAAAGAUUCCAACCGCCAGUUCCGCGAAUGGUUCAUACCUACCUUCUACUCCAUCAUCUGCUUCCUGGGGCUGGCAGGGAACCUACUGGUCAUCCUCACCUUCUUCUACUUUAAGCGUCUCAAGACCAUGACGGAUGUGUACCUGCUCAACCUGUCCUUCGCAGACCUGCUCUUCGCUCUGUCGCUCCCCUUUUGGGCCGCCAACUCCAUGACAGAAUGGGUGCUGGGCGUGGUGGUGUGUAAAGCCAUGCACACCAUUUACAAGGUCAGCUUCUACAGCAGCAUGUUCAUCCUCUCUUUCAUCAGCGUGGAACGCUACUUUGUCAUCGCCAAGGCCGUCUCCGCUCACCGCUACCGCUCCCAAGCAGUGUUUCUCAGCAAGGUGUCAUCGGCCGCCAUCUGGGUGAUGGCACUGAUCUUCUCCAUACCGGAAAUGAAGUACACCACGAUCAAUAACCGCACCUGCACCCCUUACUCCAGCAAUUCUGACAAGCUCCGCGUCAGCAUCCAGGCGAGCCAGAUUGUUUUGGCUUUUGCCCUCCCGCUCCUGGUCAUGAGCGUCUGUUACAGCGGCAUUGUCCACAAACUUUGCCAGGCUCGUGGCUUUGAACGCAAUAAGGCCAUCAAGGUGAUCCUCGCGGUGGCAGCUGUCUUCCUGGUCUGCCAAAUGCCUUAUAAUCUGGUCUUAUUUUGGGCCACAGUUGUCGCAGCAAAAGGAGGAAGCAUAGACUGCAGCUACGACAACAUUAUGCUCUACGCCACCGAUGUCACCCAGUGCGUGGCCUUCCUGAGGUGCUGCCUGAACCCCUUCGUCUACGCCUUUAUCGGUGUGAAGUUUCGCAAUGACCUCCUGAAGCUCCUGAAGGACUUGGGUUGCAUGAGCCAGGAGAGGUUCUUCAAGUAUACCUGCGGCAGGAGGAGGAGCUCCGCGGCCACUGACACUGAGACCACCACCACAUUCUCUCCUUAAAGCUGUUUCAGAACGGACAAUCGCCUAUUCACACCUGCAGAUCACACAGCGGACUGUUAAACAUCAGGAUACAAGUCUCAAAUCAAAAAAUAGAUAUGUUCCAUGUACAUAGCAGAGUUUAUCAUAUCAGUGACAAUCUUGUGGAGUUUUGUUGUUUUUGUCUCUUUCUUAGUGUUUAUUCUCGUCAGUUAAGAUCAAACAGAGCUGUGGUUAUUUUUUUGUAUUGGCUACACUGUACAGUAUUUCAAGAAAUUCACGCUGUUAAUAAAAAAAAAUAUAUUCUACGGUGCUUUUAAAUCGGAG